AUCAAACAGUUGCAGUGCACGCCCACCUCGUCUUCCCCAAAUGCUCAUAACCACCCUUCUCAGAAAACCCAAAUCCACCAUCUCCGCCGCCGCAAAUUUACCUCUCUGGAUCAAUCCCUCAGCCCUCUUCUCCACCCUCCGCCACCCUCAGCCGUACACAUCUGCCGAUCCCGAACCUCUUGCAAAACCAGCCCUCCAGUCCCUUGUCCUCUCCUUCUAUCGCAGCGGCAAAUUCUACAGCCUCCUCCAAAACGCCGUCGCUUCACCCUCCCUCCUCCUGACCGCUUGCCACAACCUCAGAAAUCAUGCCCCUGACUCGCCGCCGCCACCGCUCACUCUUGACUCGGUGUCAACUCACUUUUUUCCCCUCCAAGAACUCUCCUUUCAGCUCUACAGGAAUUCCUUCGACGUCGAAUCGUGCUGCGUUCCGAUUUUCCCGGAAGGAAACAGAGGUACACCGCUUAUCUUACCCAAUCUGAAGCUUAAAGUUGUACUCGAAGCUAUUAGGAUUGUACUCGAACUUAUUUAUGAUGAUAGGUUUGCCACAUUUUCCUACGGCGGCCGUGCGAACAUGGGCCGCCACACCGCGGUUCGGUAUCUGAAGAAUUCGGUCGAAAAUCCGACUUGGUGGUUUAGUGUUAAAUUCGAUAAGGAAUUGUUUGGGUCUAGGCAUAUCGAUAAGCUGUGUUUGAUGCUUGGAGAGAAAAUCGAAGACAACGAUUUGCUUGAUUUAAUAAGAAGGUUGUUCGAAUGCAAGGUGGUUACUAUUAAUCUAGAUGGAUUUUGUUUAGGUAGAGGACUUCCUCAAGAAUCUGCUCUGAGUUCAAUCUUGAUUAAUGUUUACUUUAAUGGGUUCGAUAAGGAAAUUCAAGAAUCGCGUCUGAAAACGAACAAAGCGAAUCCAAAGUUCGAUAAAAAUGAACUCAUCCCGGGAUUAUCGAAUUCGAAUUCGGGCUCGGUUUUUCAUAAGCCCUUGAAGAUUUACGCCGUCCGGUACUUGAACGAGAUAUUGAUUAUCACAUCAGGAACGAAGAUAUUGACGAUGGAUUUGAAGAAUAGGGUAGUGAAGUUUCUUGAACAAGAUUUGGAUUUGAAGGUGGAUAGAACAAGAACAGCAAUUCACAGUGCGGUUUCCGAAAAGAUCGAUUUCAUGGGAAUGGAGCUACAGGCAGUUGCACCUUCGAUUCUCCGACCACCAAUGACAGAUAAAGCAAUAAGGGCACGUAAAAAGUAUCUUCGUCAGAAAGAAGUCCGACUUUUGGAGCUGAAAAAUGCAAAAGAGAGAAAUAGGAAGAAGUUGGGAAUGAAGUUGUUAAGUCACGUUUUCAAGAAAUCGAAACAAAGCAAUGGGUUCAAAUUUGACUUCCAAAUUGAGAACGAAGUGAGACAAAUUUUCAGUUCUUGGGGUGAUGAGGUGGUCAACGAGUUCUUGAAAUCCGUGGAUGACCGAUGGGAAUGGCACCGGAGUUUAUCAGCCGGAGAUUUUCUCUCAUUGGGCAGAAUACGAGAUCAGCUUCCACAAGAGCUCGUUGACUCGUACGACAACUUUCAAGAACAAGUCAACAAGCAUUUGAAGCCCGCGAAGGCAAAGAGGGAACUGGAGGAAGAAUCGAGAAGAAGAGAAGAAGAGGAGGAAGAAAAAUACGCUAAAAAAACCGUCGAGGAUUUGACAAAACGGUGCAUCAAAGUCGAAGCACCAAUCGAACUUAUUCGAAAAGCCGUCAAAACGGUCGGAUUUACCAAUCAAAUGGGUCGCCCGCGACCCAUCAGUUUGCUCACGGUUCUUGAAGAUGUGGACAUUAUAAAAUGGUACGCCGGUAUAGGAAAAAGAUGGCUCGAUUUCUUUCGCUGCUGUCACAACUUUCGAAAGGUCAAAAUAAUCGUUAGCUACCAUCUUCGGUUCUCGUGUUUACUAACUUUAUCGGAAAAACACGAAGCAACCAAGAGUGAAGUUAUAAGGCAUUUCACAAAGGAUUUAAAAGUUUGCGGCGAAGAAGUGAACUUUCCUUCGGAAAGAGAGGUCAAAAUGAUGGGAGAAGGGAAUCUUUCGGAUCCUAAGCCGGUCGAUGGAUGUUUGACUAUGGCUUUGAUUCGAUUGGCUACGAUUGAACCUUCUCAUAUUUGCAUUGCCCAUUUUUGCAGCAGAAGCGAUACGGUUGUUUACAGGAUUCGGUUAUUGCAGAAGCAUCUCGGUUUGGACACGUCGGAUGAGGCGAAUUGGGUUCCGCAAAUGGGUGCAAUUCAUGACAGUUUGCAUAGGAAAUGUGCACCUUUGUGUUCUUACCACAUAAGUGAGCUGUACUUGGGGAGAUUGUCUUUGCAAGAUAUUGACUGUACUGCUUUUGUAGAUGUUGACUGAUUUAUUUUGCUCCUUUUUUUUUUAGCAAGUUGCUUUUGGUUAAUGCAAUUUUCUAUGAUUAAUUCAUUAGGAGGUCACAUGUAAACAUCUAUGAUUUUUUUUUAAUAUGAUUUAGAUUGGAUUGUGUGGAUUUUUUAUUUA